UUUCCCGGAUGGCUUGACGGACCAUCACCUCACCUGUGCCACAGCUCACACGGCGACAUGAACAAACCGAUCGUGACUCAUGACGAGGGCCCCAUGCCAGCCAAGCCAGAUCCCAAUCUUGAGGGGGAGAUUCCCCAUGUGCCGUUGACGGAGGAAGACAACAAGCGCAUCUGCCGCAAGACCGACCGCACAAUCCUGGUGAUCUUGAUCUGGGUCUACUUUCUGCAGAUCCUGGACAAGUCGGUACUUGGAUAUGGCGCAACCUUUGGCAUGCGCAAGGAUACCCACUUGACUGGCGACCAGUAUUCCCUGGUGGGAUCAAUUGCGCCAAUCGCCCAGCUGGCCUGGCAACCCUUCUCGUCCUAUCUCAUUGUCAAAGUACCUCAUCGAAUUCUCAUGCCCUCCUUGUGCCUGGGAUGGGGCAUGGCUCAAGCAUGUAUGGCGGCCUGCCACAAUUUCUCGGAGUUGAUGGCGGCGCGCUUUUUCCUGGGAUUGUUUGAAGCUGGAUGCCUGCCACUCUUUGGAGUCAUUACCAGUCAAUGGUAUCGUCGUGCCGAGCAGCCGCUUCGCAUUGCGGCUUGGUAUGGCACUAAUGGACUCGCGACUAUUGUGGCGGCUGCACUGUCUUAUGGCCUCGCCCACAUCAAGUCUGAUAUUCUGGAGUCAUGGCGAAUUAUUUUCCUCUUUGUCGGCCUAGUGACGAUUGCCUCCACCCCUUUCGUAUACUGGCGUCUUGACAACGAUGUCUCCACGGCCCGCUUCCUUAACGAGGAGGAGAAGCUGCAGGCAAUGGAACGUCUCCGAGCCAAUCAGACAGGCCUUGGCAGCACUGAGUUCAAAUUCAGCCAUGUGGUCGAAGCGGCCAUGGAGCCCAAAACAUACCUGUGGAUCGCCAUGGCGAUGCUGCUAAACAUCGGUGCCAGUGUCACUAACACCUUUGGUCCAUUGAUCAUUGGCGGCCUGGGCUACGACAAAUACACGACUAGUCUACUGAACAUGCCCUUUGGUGCCGUUCAGCUCUUCGUUAUUCUGCUUUCAAGCUAUCUUGCUCAAACGGCACGGCUGAAGGGCGCUGUCCUUGCCUUCUUUAUGCUUCCUGUUGUGGCCGGGCUGGCCCUUUUGUACGCGAUUCCUCGGACCAAGGCCGAUCAAGGCGCAUUGCUUGCUGGGUACUAUCUGCUCGGCUUCCUCUUCGGUGGCAACCCCCUGGUGGUGACCUGGAUCGUCGGAAACACGGCCGGGAGCACCAAGAAGUCGGUCGCCAUGAGUCUUUACAAUGCUGCCUCGUCAGCCGGCAACAUCGUGGGACCAUUGCUUUUCACCGCAAAGGAUGCCCCCGCAUAUCUUCCCGGUCUACGUGCCUGCUUGGCAAUUUUCAGCGCGAUGGUCGCCGUAGUGCUCCUCCAAUGGGCCAAUCUCUGGGUCCUGAACAAACAACAGGCCCGUCGGCGUGUCACCAAUGGGAAGAGCGCUCAUAUUGUCGACCAUUCGAUGCAAUCCCACUUCCACGGUAUCCAAGAAACCCGGGGCGAGUCUGAGACUGGAGAGCACGUGGAGCACACCGGUGCUCAUGGCGCUGAUGAUCUGACUGACCGACAAAAUGAUGAAUUUGUAUAUAUUUAUUAG